UCCAACUAUUCGCAGAAAAAUUCAAAUUCAAAAAACUAGAGACUUCGCUCUCAGUUUCUUUUCCUUCUCUCUCUCUUACCAUGGCGACAAGUACAAACACUCACUUGACUACACCCACAAAAACCCCUUCUUCCAAGAGACAACAAAAUCUAAACACAAACACAAACACCUCAAGAUUUGAAGCCUACAAUCGCUUACAAGCAGCCGCUGUUGCCUUUGGCGAGAAACUUCCAAUUCCUGAAAUAGUAGCUCUUGGAGGCCAAUCUGAUGGCAAAAGCUCUCUUCUUGAAGCCCUACUCGGUUUUCGCUUCAAUGUCCGCGAGGUCGAAAUGGGCACCCGGAGACCUCUCAUUUUGCAGAUGGUUCAUGACCCUUCUGCUCUUGACCCUCGUUGUCGCUUUCAGGAAGAGGAUUCUGAAGAAUAUGGGAGCCCUAUAGUGUCAGCCACAACAAUCGCAGAUGUUAUAAAAUCACGGACUGAGGCACUUCUGAAAACUACUAAAGCUGCAGUUUCUUCUAAGCCAAUUGUGAUGAGAGCUGAAUAUGCACAUUGUCCUAAUCUUACAAUUAUUGAUACCCCAGGUUUUGUCCUUAAGGCAAAGAAGGGAGAACCGGAGAAGACUCCCGAGGAAAUUCUGUCUAUGGUGAAGUCAUUGGCUAGUCCUCCUCAUCGUAUUUUGUUGUUUCUUCAACAAAGUAGUGUGGAAUGGUGUUCAUCCCUGUGGUUGGAUGCAAUUCGAGAGAUUGAUCCAACCUUCAGAAGGACAAUAAUAGUUGUCUCCAAAUUUGAUAAUCGGCUUAAGGAAUUUAGUGACCGGUGGGAAGUGGACCGUUAUUUGAGUGCAAGUGGGUACCUUGGAGAGAAUACUCGUCCAUUUUUUGUGGCUUUACCAAAGGACAGAAGCACCAUAUCAAAUGAUGAAUUCCGCAGGCAAAUAUUUCAGGUGGACUCAGAAAUCUUACGUCAUUUAUGUGAUGGAAUCAAGGGAGGAUUUGAUGAGGAAAAAUUUAGGCCUUAUAUUGGUUUUAGCAGUCUGAGGGACUAUUUGGAGUCGGAGCUGCAAAAGAGAUAUAAAGAAGCUGCACCUGCAACCCUAGCAUUGCUUGAGGAGCGCUGUUGCCAGGUUACCACUGAGUUGGCCAAAAUGGAUUCAAAGAUACAGGCUACUUCUGAUGUUGCUCAUCUGCGGAGAUCUGCAAUGUUGCACACAGCUUCUAUCAGCAAUCAUGUGGGAGCUUUGAUUGAUGGAGCAGCAGAUCCUGCACCAGAACAGUGGGGGAAAACAACAGAGGAGGAACAGUCAGAGAGUGGUAUUGGUAGUUGGCCAGGUGUUAUUGUCAACAUAAAACCUCCUAACGCUACCCUUAGGCUCUAUGGAGGGGCUGCUUUUGAGAGAGUGAUACACGAGUUCAGAUGUGCUGCAUAUUCCAUUGAAUGCCCUCCAGUGUCAAGGGAGAAGGUGGCAAAUAUAUUGCUAGCUCAUGCUGGCCGAGGAGGGGGUAGAGGUAUAACAGAAGCUGCUGCAGAGAUUGCCCGUGCUGCGGCUCGGUCAUGGCUUGCUCCUCUUCUUGACACUGCUUGUGAUAGGCUUGCCUUUGUCUUGGGGAACCUUUUUGAUCUUGCUCUAGAAAGAAAUCGCAUGCGUGACUCAGAAUAUGCAAAGAAGAGUGAAAAUAUGGAUGGGUAUGUUGGUUUUCAUGCUGCCCUAAGACAUGCUUACAGUCGAUUCAUAAGGGAUCUUGCCAAACAAUGCAAGCAAUUAGUUAGACAUCAUCUUGAUUCAGUUACAAGCCCAUAUUCUCAAGUUUGUUAUGAGAAUGAGUUCCAAGGAGGCUUUGGCUUGAGUGCAGCCUCUUACUUUAAAAUUAACCAAGCAUCUGCUGGUUCAUUCUGUUUUGAGCUAUCAGAUGCCAAAGAAUCUUUCCAUGAUGAAACAAUGAGAGAUCAAGAGAACAUUCCUCCAGAAAAGCAUGUACAACAAACCACUCCAGGAAAAGGUGUAGACGCUAAAGAAGCUCUCAAAGAAAGCCAAAUGACUGUGCCUGAGACACCAUCUCCUGACCAACCAUGUGAUAUGGUAUAUGCAGGGGCAAAGAAGGAGCAUGGAAACUGCAUUGAAGUUGGACCAAAAAAGCGGAUUUCAAGAAUGACAGGAAAUAGCAGAAAUACUGAACAUUUAAGAGUUCAAAAUGGGGGAGGUCUUCUAUUUGGAAAUGGGGAUAGUGGCUCAAGAUCGUGCUCAGCUUACUCGGAAAUCUGCUCAUCUGCUGCACAGCAUUUUGCACGGAUACGUGAAGUUCUUGUUGAGCGAAGUGUGAUGUCAACCUUGAAUUCUGGAUUUUUGACCCCUUGCCGUGAUCGGCUCGUGGUGGCCCUUGGUUUGGAUUUGUUUGCUGUAAGUGAUGUGAGAUUCACGGACAUGUUCGUUGCACCUGGUGCCAUUGAUAUGUUACAAACCGAGCGACAAUCUCUUCAAAAGCGCCAGAAAAUACUUCAGUCUUGCUUGAACGAGUUCAAAAGUGUUGCUCAGGCUCUUUGAUGGCAGCCUAAUCAAGUUCCACAAUACUGUCAAAUGUAUCACAGCUAGUGAACAUGGCAAAAUUAUUACACAACUUCCAUACUGAUUUCCAAGUUCUGUGAUUGGCUUCCAUUUCAUCAUCUGAACCAUAUAUUCUUCUAUUGUUUGCAAAAGGUUUGGUUCUUGCAAUUGUGUGUACAGAAAAUGUUUCCAGUGAUACUCAAACCAGUUUGAUGGGCCAAAUAUAACAUGUCUUGAUUUACAUGCCCCUAGAGACACUAGAAUAUUUGUAAAAUUUACUUGCCAUGGUUCACAGUUGAGUUCAUUGGCUACUGUAAACUAGGUAAAGCACUUGAAUAUGAUGGCUUUUUCUUUUA